UGUUGCACCAAAUUCGUUUAUCUUAACAAUUAAUUUAAUUUUUUUUCUCCAUUUUGGUUAGUUAAUUAAAUAUCUUUUCUAUCCUAGUCUUUGAAUUAUAUCAAUUUUAUCGCUGAUCUUUGUUCUUUACCCUUCUUUUAGAACGUAGUGUGAAUUGUGACAAACUAUGUCCGGACAAGCUGUUAAUUAUGGUGAACAAGCGUUCAACUCUCAAUGUAUUUGCCAUGGAUCAAGCUCAUCAAAUUCGUGUCAAUGUUCAUCCUCAGGCUCAUCUAGUUUAUCUCGGUACAAUUCCAGAGGUGGAAUGAUAGCUUCUGUUGAUAUGUGCUUCUUCUGUUUCGAUGUACUUUAUUCUCACCUUCACUCUUUAGAGACCCCAAAGGCACCACCAUUUCCUAAUGAAUCAUAUCCUCUUUUUGUUACUUGGAAAAUUGGAAGUGAUAAAAAAUUGCGAGGAUGCAUUGGAACAUUCAAUGCCAUGAAUCUCCAUCUUGGACUUCGUGAAUAUGCAGUUACCAGUGCUUUCAAGGACAGUCGAUUCGCUCCAAUCAGUAGGGACGAAUUUCCCAGGCUUCAUGUUUCAGUUUCUAUUCUUCGCCAUUUUGAGGAUGGUAACAAUUAUCUUGAUUGGGAAAUUGGUAUUCAUGGGAUAAGAAUCGAGUUCUACACAGAGAAAGGAUCUCGUCGAACGGCUACUUUCUUACCCGAAGUGGCUCCAGAGCAAGGUUGGAAUAGAUGUGAAACAAUCGACUCUCUCCUUCGCAAGGGAGGAUACAAAGGGUUGAUAUCACCCGAAGUUCGAUCGUCAAUCAAAUUGACGCGCUACCAAAGUGAGAAAAUUACCGUUAGCUAUCAAGAGUACAAGGACUACGCUCGAGCAAAGUGUUGAUCUUCACUUAAAAUAGAAAAAUCAAUUUUACUUUCGCUACGGAAGCUUCAUUAAACUACAGUAUAAAUAUAUUCCAAAUGGAAGUUGAAAUAGUAAAAAUCUCAACGACCGAUGGCCUAAGAUGCAAACGGCUUUUACGAUUUUCAAUCGUCUUUUAAAAUUAUGGUCUAAUAGAAUUUCUCUUCUUCUUCCAUUCAAAAUCCUCUUACUUUUCUUCAUUCUUUUCUCUCCCUCUUAAAUGGCUUUGCUUUCGUAACAACAAAAUUUUCUAUCAAAGUUUCAUCGUUCUAUCAACUAAUAACAAUCACUUUCAUCAUUGUACUUAUAUUAGAAAGAAUCACCAAUUAUCAUCACUAAACAAAAUUCUAAUAAUCUUUCGAUUGUUUCAACCAAUUUUAUUAAAAAUAUCAUUUAGAUUGAAAAAGAAACUGAUGAAUUGUUAUGAAUCGAUGAUUUGUUAAUUUCCAGGAAAAUGAAUUAAAGUGAUGGAAUCCAAAUGUUACCAUGAGAA